AAUAUGGCUACAGCACGGCGGCCGUGGCCUUGCUCACACUGGGCUCCAUGCUUGGGACGACGCUGAUUCUGUUCCACAGCUGUGAGGAGAACUACAAGCUGAUUUUACAGCUCUUUGUGGGGCUGGCCGUCGGGACACUUUCUGGGGAUGCUCUGCUCCACCUUAUCCCUCAGGUCCUUGGUUUACAUAAGCAGGAAGGCUCAGAGUUUGGACAUUUCCAUGAAAGCAAAGGCCAUAUUUGGAAACUGUUAGGAUUAAUUGCAGGCAUCUAUGGAUUUUUCUUGAUAGAAAAAUGCUUUAUUCUUCUGGUAUCACCAAAUACUGAGAAAGGCCCAGAAGAUUCACAGGCAGCUGAAAUUCCUGUAGGCAGUAUGACAGCCUCCGAAAGAAAAU